ACAAGUUGUUUACAUUUAUUAAUCAAAAAUAAAGCUAAUUAUUUAUUUGCAGAUAUUUAUUAAAAUAACUCUGCAAUGGGAAAACGAGAAGAUCUUAAGGAACACAAACGCAAUAAAAAAACUAAACAUGCGACUGCCUCGCCUAAUCUUAAUAAUACAUCAACAUCCUCACCAUCGCUAAAAGAAGAAAUAAUAUACGAUGCUGAAAUGAUCGAUGUAGUUGAUGUGGUUGAUCACGAACAAGAAGUUGCCAACACCACAGCUACAUCACCUCCCAGCACUCCAACUCCUACACAUACUCCAACGAAAGCGAGUAGUAGCAAAAAUGCGUCUAGCAGCAGUAAAAAAUCAGUUCCAAAACUACAGACCGCCCCUGGUACAACUGCCAGUAGCUCACCAGCAGCAUCUACAACUCCUGGUUCUAACCUCAAUGCAGCAAACAACAAAAAGUCGAAGAAACGACGUGAUAGUAGCACUUCUAGUGAGGAGGAGCGCUGGUUGACGGCGAUUGAGUCCGGAAAAUUAGAAGAAAUGGAUGAUGAGCUGAAAAAGAUGAAGGAUCCAAAAUUGAUGACAGCGCGCCAACGCGCAAUGUAUGAACGUAAUACGGAUAAAGAGCCUUCUCCUGGUGGAGAAUUACUUAUGUCUUUACCGAAUGGUUAUCGUGAAAAAGAAAAACCACUUACGGCAGAAGAUAUACAAAAAGCUCAGCUAAAAUCACAAAAACGCAAGCAACUUGCCGAUGAAAAACGUGAAAAGGACAAGAAGAAAACCAUGGAACGUUUACUCAAAAAACAGGAGAGUAAACAGCGCAAUGCGACACGUAAUAAAUCUACAAAGACUUCUCAACCGAUGAUCACAUAUCGUAAUACAUUAGAUGGCGCCUACAUACAUUUACCGGCUGAACACGAGUUUCCACUGGCAGCACAAGUGCCGAUCCUACCACCCAAAGUACAAUUGUGUGGUAUAACUGGAUGCAAUAAUCCGAAGGUGUAUAAUUGCUCCAAAACAAAUAUGCCGUUAUGCAGCUUUGCCUGUUACCGCAAAAACGUACAAAAUAUUCGACAAAUAAUGUGCUAAAUAUUGCAGUAUAUUUUAAGUUUUAAUAAUAAUUUAAAUUUAUGUUUUCCAUUACAUUUAGUGAAUAUAGCAAUUCCGAAAUUAUUUAAAAUGGUUAUAAGAAUG